GCACAUUUGAUUUUAUCAUAAUUGGGGGAGGCGUUAGUGGAAGCGUUUUAGCGAAUCGGUUAUCUGAGAUAACCACAUGGAAAAUUUUAUUAAUAGAAGCUGGAGACUUUACAGAUGGCGGAUUUAUUCAGAUCCCUGCUUAUUUUCCUUACCAUAGUAUGUCCAGGUACAAUUGGGGAUACAGAUCGGUACCACAGAAAAAUGCAUGUCUUGGAUUGGUCAAUAAUACAUGUAUGUUGAUGCGUGGAAAGGGCAUUGGAGGAACAUCUUUAAUAAAUAGACUAUUGUACAGCCGCGGCCAUCCAAAAAAAUACAACGAUUUAGCAGUGUCGCUAAAUGAUCCCACAUGGGAAUACGAUAACCUAUUAAAAUAUUUUAAAAAGAACGAAAUAUUUCACUUGACAAAUCAUAAAGCCAAAGUAGAUUUUGAUUACCAUGGUAGAGUUGGAAUAUUAAGUAAUCAACAAGGCGUGCCAGACUCAUCUCUUUCAAAGAUUUUUUUGGAAGCGAAUAAGGACCUUGGGUACCAUCAAAUAGAUUACAAUGGGCCUAAUAUGAUAGGUACUUCGUACGCUCAGUGGAGUAUUCGAUAUGGAAGAAGAGAGGAUUUUGGAUCUGCCUUUAUAACUCCCUACCUUGGCAGACAAAGUUUAGAAGUUACAACUAAAAGCUUUGUUACAAAAAUUGGGAUUAACAAAAUUGGCAACGUCGCAGACAGUGUUUACUUUACUAAAAAGGGUAUAACUUAUAAAGCAAAUUGUAUAAAAGAGGUUAUAUUAUCUGCUGGUAGUAUAGGAAGUCCUCAAAUUCUUAUGUUAUCAGGAGUGGGACCAGAAGAACAUUUACGUGAGCUGGAUAUACCUGUUAUUCAGAACUUAGAGGUUGGUAAUAAUUACAGAGAUAUUGUACUUACUACUGGUUUAAAAUUUUCUUCCAAUAUUGAAAUUCCCAGUGAAUCUCUUCAUAAUCAGUUAGACGAUUUCUUUCACGGAUUUGGUUCAUUAUCAACUGCAAAUAUACCACAAACGCUUGGUUUCUAUCAAAUAAAUAAAACUAAAGAGAAAGUACCAGAUUUUGAUAUAAUAUUUCUAACAGAUAAAAAAUCACCAGUGGAACGAAACCUUUACGGAUGGAGAGAAGAUACUCAUACAGAUGUUUGGGGCGAUCAUAAGGAGAAUGCUCUUCAAUUUAUGUUAACUCUUCUGAGCACAAAAUCCGUUGGAACUCUGCGAUUAAAAAGCAAUAGUCCCUAUGACUAUCCUCUAAUAGAUCCUAAUCUACUAUCUGAUUCCAACAAUGAAGAUCUAGAAAAUAUGUAUCAAAGUUUAUCUUUUGUCUUUAAACUUUCCCGUAGCAAAACAUUUAGAAAACAUCGAGUAAAAUAUCUCAGUAAACCACUAACUGCUUGUAAAGCUUACAAAUACGAAUCUAAACAGUACUGGUAUUGUUUUUUGAAACAACUAACUAUACCCGCAGGUCAUCAAAUUGGUACUUGUUCAAUGGGUACCGAUCCUAACGAUGGUGCAGUUGUAGACCCGAAUCUAAAAGUAUUUGGAGUUGAACGCUUACGAGUAGUUGAUGCAAGUGUGUUUCCUAAUUCUUUGGUGGCACAUAUGAGUAUUCCUUGUGCAAUUAUAGCUGAAAAAAUUAGUGAUGUAAUUAAAAAUGAAUAUAAAAAUUAACUUUAUUUUUUCCCAAAUAUGUUUC